AUGUUUGGAUGUAGCGCUAAAAUUGGAUUAAAAUCAUCGGUACUUCCAAUAUCAAUAAUUAAUAAAUUAAAAACUGAAGAAGAUUUAGAGGCAGCUAUUACAUCCAUGAAUACUGGUGAUCAUUGUAAAGUUGAUGAAACAUUGAUUGAAGAAAAAAAUGAAGAAGAAAAAAUAGAUAAUAGAAUAAAUAAAAUGACUGCUGUAAGAACAGAGUCAGUCGUAAAUUUAAAAACUCAAGCUAAUCGAAUGAAAGAAGCAUCCGAAAAAAGAUUUUGUGAGGCAAAAGUGGGUGAAACCGUCAAAAUCAAAAUACCUGAUGUAGACAGAGCUCGCAGCGACCUUCGUUGUAUUCUUGGAGUUAUUCUAGCAGUUCAUGACGAUAACUAUAAGAUAGGAACUACCGAAGGAAAGUUGGAACACACAUAUAGUCGUAACCAGUUUACUAUGUGCAAAGAAAAAUUGGUUACUGUAGAGGAGGUGCCUGAUCUAACAAUUACAUUACGAGAAGCAGCGAGGAAAUAUUCAAAUUUAGGAGGACAGGGGUAUGAUAGGUGUAAUUGUACCCAACAAUGUUCAAAUAAAAAAUGUAAAUGUAAAGCGGCAGGGAAAAAAUGCAAUUCAAAAUGCCAUUCUAAUAAUAAUUGCAAAAAUAAAUAA